CACCACCAAAAAAAAAAAAAAAAAUCAUAAUCUCCUUCAAGACCAGCUUUAGGCCCCCAUGUAUUCCAUGAAGUGCCCCUGGGUACUCUGGCCCUCCUUAACAUCCACACACUUCCUUAAUUAUUGAAUGCAAGCCAGCCUUGUCUCUCCAGCCUAGCAGAGGGCUCUGUGCGGGGAAGAAGCUUGUGGUCCUGAAACCCCAGAGCCAUGCUGGGCGCCAAUGUGCUCUGUGAAUGUGGAUGGUUAGCCUGGAGUCGGUGAACUUCAGCAAGUGCAUAAGCCCACUCAGGGAAGAUUGGGAGAUUUCUUGAAGAGGGAGUAAUUAGUCCCAAGAUUAAUCCAGAAUGUGUUCUGGGUAGGGUGGAGCUGAGCCUUGCCCCACCUUCCAUCCCAGGUGCUUGCCCCCAGCCACACCUGGCAGUGCAGUUGGCUUCUUAAAAGUGGCCCCAAGGCAAGGGAGGGGGCUGGCGAGAAGCAGGAGGAUGAGUGCAGAGCUUGGGCGGCAGCGGCGGCAGCAGCAGCAGCAGCAGCAGCAACAGCAACAGCAACAGCAACAACCCGGGGGCCGCAGGAGGUGGAGCUCUGGGGACAAAAAGUCCAAAAAACGUAGCCGGCGCAAAGAAACAUAUUCAAUGUAUAUCUACAAGGUGCUGAAGCAGGUGCACCCGGAUAUCGGCAUCUCUGCCAAGGCCAUGAGCAUCAUGAACUCCUUUGUGAACGAUAUUUUUGAGCGGCUGGCUGGUGAAGCUGCCCGGCUGGCCCAGUACUCAGGCCGGACAACCCUGACUUCCCGGGAAGUCCAGACAGCCGUGCGUCUGCUGCUACCUGGGGAGCUGGCCAAGCAUGCUGUCUCAGAGGGCACCAAGGCUGUCACCAAGUACACCAGCUCCAAGUGACCAGGGCCUGCCAUAAAUAAAGG